GGUAGGUCUGGUCUGGCGCACAAGCGCGCAGAAACACCACAGGCAAGAAUGGAGAUCUGCUGAAGCUCAAGGAAGAAUUGGGUUGGUCUCAGUCUGGGUCGCGGAGAAAUCUCCUAAGGAACAUUUAGAUUUGCUGGGACCGAGGGGAGGUCAGCUAAGUAAGGACAAUCAAGACUGGAGCCUCUAGGUUUCGAGGGUUUAUGUUGCAUUGGUGGGGGAAUGGUUUGGUGCCCGACGCCCCCACCCGAAGAAACUAGGUUAUAAAUAGCAAGGCAGAGCUCCGCCUUUCGAACUCCCCCCACCCGCACCCCACCCCAGCUUCUCUCCUCCCCAGCCGGCACUGUGCCCGGGGCGCACCGGGAGGAGGGACCAGGAACUGGUACCCAGGCGCAGAUACUGACACCAAAGGAAUCGGGUACCACCCCCCACGCCAUGUGGGCCCCCGGGAACCCGGCUCCAUCAUCCCAGCUGCCAGGUGGCCCUGGCCUGAGUCCUGGCCAGGCGGAGAUUCUGCAGACAUUCAGGUCCCAAAUGCAAGCUGCCCCCCCCCCCUCAAUUUAUGGGGCUGUGGCAACCUAAAAGAGGAAUUGGUUUCGCCAGUGAGCCCUGAGGCCUCUUCCAGCCGCCACCCCCACACCCCUAGCCUUCCUCGGCAGGUGCCAGUCGGGGCUCCAUCAGUGCUCUUAUCCCAGCCGCAGCUAUGCUGCAUACCGAGGGCCACGCUCUUCUUCGGGCCGUGGGUCAGGGUAAACUACGCUUGGCCCGUUUGCUUCUGGAGGGAGGUGCCUACGUUAAUGAGGGUGAUGCCCAGGGGGAGACUGCGUUAAUGGCGGCUUGUCGGGCCCGCUACGAUGACCCCCAGAACAAGGCGCGUAUGGUACGCUACCUUCUGGAGCAAGGCGCAGACCCAAACAUCGCAGACCGCCUAGGGCGUACAGCGCUCAUGCACGCCUGCGCUGGCGGUGGGGGAGCCGCAGUAGCCUCGCUGCUCCUGGCCCAUGGCGCAGACCCUUCAGUUCGAGAUCACACGGGCGCCUCGGCACUAGUCCACGCCCUGGACCGUGGGGACCGAGAGACCCUUGCCACGCUGCUGGACGCCUGUAAGGCCAAGGGCACGGAGGUCAUCAUCAUCACCACCGACACCUCGCCCUCCGGCACCAAGAAGACCCGGCAGUAUCUCAAUUCCCCACCAUCCCCGGGGGUGGAGGACCCCGCUCCCUCUCCUCCUGGCCCUGGGGUCUGCACGUCACCUUCGGAAAUCCAACUGCAGACUUCAGGAGGAGGACAGGGUUUGUUAUCCCCUCGCACCCAGGAAGAAGAGGAGAAGCGAGACGUAUUUGAAUUCCCUCUUCCUAAGCCCCCCGAUGACGCUUCCCCUUCUGAGCCGCUCCCCAAACCACCCCGUCACCCUCCAAAACCACUCAAAAGGCUCAACUCCGAGCCGUGGGGCCUAGUGAUUCCUCCUCCCCCCGUCCCGCCCACGGAAGGGAGGCUGGGGACUGAGCGCCUGACCUCCGAAUUCAACGGCCUGACCCUGGCUUGUCGACCCCGUCUUUCCAGACGUCACAGCACCGAGGGCCCGGAGGAAGUGACGGGUGGGGGUCCCCUCUCACGCAGAAACACUGCGCCAGAAGCUCAGGAGUCUGGUCCUCCUUCAGGGCUGAAGCAAAAACUGAGCCGCAUGGAGCCGGUGGAGAUCGAUGCUCCUGGAAAUCUUUGUCCUGACUCGCCGGAGUGCUGCCGCCCGUCUUUGGAGCGCCGCCGAUACAGCGCCUCCCCACUGACUCUCCCUCUGGCAGGUUCAGCUGCUUCCCCACGCCAGUCCCAGGAAAGUCUGCCUGGGGCUGUGUCUCCGCUUAGUGGGAGAAGGCGGAGCCCAGGGCUGCUGGAGCGGAGGGGCUCCGGAACGUUGCUUCUGGACCACAUCUCGCAAACGCGGCCAGGUUUCCUACCUCCGCUCAACGUCAGCCCCCACCCUCCUAUCCCCGACAUUCGCCCCCUACCUGGAUGUCGCGCGCCUUCGCUGCCCGCUCCUCCCCAGGCGGGGGCGCCAGGUUCUCCCAGGACCAAGCGCAAAUUGGUGAGGCGCCACUCCAUGCAGACGGAACAGAUCCGCCUGCUAGGGGGCUUCCAGAGUCUAGGCGGGCCAGGGGAGCCAGGACGCUGAGAGGAGUGAGAGGAGCCAGGAGGGUGAGGAUCAGGGCCUUGAUGGGACAGGUAGGAGAACCAGCUCACACACAUAACCAUGGACAUAGGGUCUUUUACAUGUGUUCCUGGGCACAGUGCACGCACACGUGGGCAACCGUGUCUACAGGCACAGUUACUCUAUUCGCAGGGAAGGGUAAGUACUCUAUUUACUGGGCUUAUAGACACAUACAUUUAUGCCCUGGUCACUUCACAUGCAUAUGAGAAUUACUUGUGUCCACACCCACAGGCACAGCACAUAUAUGGCCACUUAUGCUGGGGCCCCAAAUGGGUCCCAAACUCACUUGCAUUUUGUUCAGAAGCAAUAGGGGCCCCCUACUUAUGGGUAGUCUCCAAUCUCUUUGCCCUCCUAUGGAAGCAAUCCCUUGCUUUCCAAUUAUGCCCUACAACUCAGCCAUGAUUUCACACACUCUACCCUCUUCAUGAAUAUUUCACCUCAUUCUUCAGGUUUUCCUUCUUUUUCCAAGUCUGACUCCUUGUUCACAUCCUGCUUCCAGUCCUAACCAUUGCUCAGGAUAUCUUCUUUACUCUCCUUGGGGGUUUCCUGCAGCAAUGCCCAGCCUGAGUUCUGCUGCUGCCCUUCCUUCUCAGCUUUACUUCUCAAUUUCCUGCUUUUUAUUCCCACCCUGUGCUCCAACCCAUACAAACAGGUUGUCUCAUUUUCCCAGGAGGGAUGGGUCAGUUUAUGACUCCCCACCAACAACACACAGGUAGAAGUGGGGAAUAACCCUAAAUCACUCCUCUUUCCACUUGACAUAUCAAAUAAAUGUGUUCAGAAGUCU